AUGAAAAUAAAAGUGCUUCUUGAAGGAUUGCUUCCUUUGAUUCUUAUACCACUCUUCGAUUUUUAAUUGAGACUGAUGAUAAUCCUACUAUGUUUGAUGGGUAUUUUGUAAUUUUUCGCAUUCCUUUCUAAAUUUUGGGAUUAAAAAAGAUAAUUAGGAAUGAAAAUAAUUUACACAAUAUGUUAGAGUGUAUUUUUCAUAGAAUGCGGAGUUUAAUUAAAUAAGAUUAGUGUUUUUUACUUAUAUUUCAUAUGCAUUCAAAUUGGACAAGUAAGAAUUAAUGAUUGUAAAUGGAAUAAAAUUGCGAUGGUUAUUAACUUUUAUAGCUUAGUAAGGAUUAGUGAAUGGAAUUAAAUAGAUUGUUAUAUAUUUGGAGCUGGUCUUAUUUUAUUGUUGUUUUCUUUAUAUACUGAUUGGGUAUAUAAAUAAGAAAAUGAAGUGGAUGUUUAGUAGUCUUAUAUAUUUAAAAAAUCAUAAGAAAAAUCUAUUUAAAAUAUAGUUCCAACACCUGAGUAUAAAAGAUAAUAAUAAUUUCAUUCUUCGACUAAUUUAAUAUAAUAAUAAGAAUUAUAAGAAUGCUUUCACUUUUUUAAUUUAAUUCCAGAUUCAUUAGUAUUGCUUACGGCAUAAAAUUUGACAGUUCACUUUUGUAAUGCUGCUACAUUAGAAUUAUUUAAGAUAAGUGAUAUGUCAAAUUUUCGAAGUUGUUUAGAAUAAUUGACUGAUAUAGUAUCUACAUAGAAUAAAAGUGAAACAAGAGAUCCUAGAGAUUCUCUGCCUUCUUUUCAUAGUUUUCAAUAAUCUUUCUAAUAAUACAAAAUAAAUAAUCCGAAAUAAAUAAAAGAAGAUCAUCAUGAUAUUAAUGUAUUUGAUUUUUUUACUGUAGCAAAUACUAAGCGAUUUAAGUAGUAUAUAACCAAAUAAGAGAUUCUUCCAAAUCCUUAAAAGUAGUCCUCAUAAUACAAUAUAUGUAGGUAGUUAUUUAGCAAAAUGGUAUGAAAAUACAUGUUGUGUUGAUUUAGAAUAGCCAGAAAAAAAGAGAUUACUUGAAAUAAAUGCUCAUGCAACCUUGGUAGAUGAGAAAUUGAUGAUUCUAUUAUAAAUAAGAGAUGUAACUCAUAGAGAUUACAUAAGUUUGGUGAAGAAAUCAUAUUAAGCAAAAUCAAAUAUCAUAUCAUUUGUAAGUCAUGAAUAUAGAACACCUUUAAAUUCAAUUAUAUAAUUUAUAUCUGCUUUGUAAGAAGAAAAAGAUGUAAAUUUAUAAAGCAAAUACUUAAAAAUUGCUUUAUCAAAUUGUAAAUAUUUAUUGAAUUUAUCAAAUGAUUUGUUAGAUUUUGCUUAAUUAAAAGCAGGUAAAUUUUCAAUUUCUCCUAUUGAAAUGGAUUUAUAAAAAUUAAUAGAAGAAUGUUUAGAAUUAUUUAGAUUAGAAGCAAGUUUAAAAAAAAUAAAAUUAUCAUUAAUUUAUAGAAAGAGUGCUCCAAGAUUACUGAAUAAUGAUCCUAAUAGAAUAAGAUAAAUAAUUAUAAAUCUAUUAGGAAAUGCUUUUAAAUUUACUUUGCAAGGGUAGAUAGAAAUAAGAGUAUCAAAUUAUUUAAAUAAUUCAAUUAAAUUAGAAAUUCAUGAUACUGGUUAAGGAAUAAAGGAGGAACAUAAGGAGAAUUUAAUGUAAGCUUUUUCUAAAGUAGAUGAUAAAGAAAGCAAAAGACUUAAUCCUUAAGGUGUUGGAUUAGGAUUAUUAAUAAGUAAUAUGAUAGCAAGAAAUUUAAGUAAAAAUGACAAAGGAUUGUAGUUUUAAUCAGAAUAUCAAAAUGGAUCUUCAUUUUGGUUUUAUAUAUCUAAAAAUGUAUAAGACACAGAGAUAAAAGAAGAGUUAGAUGAAAUAGAUGAAGAAAGUCCUGAAAGAAGAUAGAGUUUAUGGAGAUAUAAUAAUAUAAAGAGUUAGCGUGAAAGUAAAUGUAGAUGUGUUAGUAUUUUGGUUGUUGAUGAUAAUGCAUUUAAUAUAGAAGUGCUUAAAUUUCUAUUAAUGAAAAUAAGCCCUUCUAUUUAAUUUGAUUGCACUCUUGAUGGAUAUACUGCAAUCCAGAUGGUAAAAAUGAAUAGAUGCAAGAAUUGUAAUGGGUAUGAUUUAAUCUUUAUGGAUAUUGAUAUGCCUACAAUGAAUGGAAUUUAAACUACUCUAAUAUUAAAGAAAUAAUUUCCAAAAAUACAAAUAAUAGGAUGUUCAGCAUAUUCAAAGAAAGAAGAGGAAUAAUUGGCAUUACAAAAUGGAAUGGAUGGUUAUUUAGUUAAACCAAUUUAAAUCGACCAACUUAAAGCUUUCUUAAGAUCCAAACUUUGA